AUGGGCUUCUGUGCACCACCAGUCCCAAAUUUUGGAUUUUUGGACACGGGAUGCUCCGUUCUUGGUGGUAUCAAGGUCAAUCCUAGUGUUCAAGAUCAAGGGUCCAAUUGUUCAAGCAAAGAUUUUUACGUAUCGCAACAUAAUCUUGCACAUCACUGGCAACGGCCUCAUAUCGUUCCGCAUUCAGUGGGUUUCCCUCAACUUUUAACUCGAACAGUGUCAUGGGUUCGGGAUUGUCUCGCAGUGCGGUACGCAGGACAUUGGCCUUUCGAAACUCGCAAUAAUCGAUUGAAAAAUAGGAAUUUAUUAGAAGUGUUGAAAGAUCCUGCUGAAGACUCGGUCACACUGUGGUGUGUAAGUGAACUUUCAACAAGAAAACGCUUGUUGGAAUUUCGUUUGCAUCAUUUAAGAGAUGAGGGAUUUGAUGAAUGGAGAAUUUUGUCUGAUAGGGAUGAAGAUCAAGAGAUUUAUAAUUCCGAUAGAAUAGAAAUAACGGAGGGAAACUGGAACUCCUCUGCAGAAGAUGCAUCUAGAGAGCAGCAGAUUUGUAAUCCCAAUUCUGAUAAUCUAAAAUUUUGCCGAACAUUAGAUGUCAAUACUGCUUUACUUGAACUUCGAUCUUAUAAGCCUACUGGAGAAAGACGUCGAAUCCUAGCACGUAGCGAAAAAGAAUUGUAUCUUUGUGAUCCAGAAAAUAAUGUUGUGUUGACACUCUUUAACCGUCCUGUCCAUUCUUUGUCAUUCAUACCUCAUAUGAACGAUGAAAUUGUAUUUCUUGAUGAUGGUGGUCUAAUUUGGUAUGGAGAGAUGGGUAACAAUUUUAUUCAAGCAAAAUGUGGCUACGAUAUUGAGUCAGUAACUGGAUCAGACCAUCCACGAUUGAUAUAUGCAGCUAGCAAAGGCGCUGUUCAUUUGAUUGAUUUGAGAGUUGGUAUUUCGGAUGGUGAUUUACUGUAUACUGUUCCUGAAUAUGAUGAUACGUCACGCAAUUCGUACCAUUUCCAGUAUAAAGGUGCCUUUGAAAAGCAAAGUAUACAUCAGCUAUACAGUUUGCCUGAUGCUCCACAAAUGCUUCUUGUUUGUAUAUCGAAAAAGUUUGUGCUUGUGGAUGAACGAAUGCGUGGAGUUGUUUAUUUGGAAAUGCCUCAUAGUAUCUAUCAUGGCGGACAUCACGUUACAAGUGCUCCACCCAUUCGAGAUAGUGAUCGAAAUGGCACUAUUUAUCCCUUCUACAUUUUGCAACACACUAUAUAUCCUGAUGUACAAACAUUUUCCCUGUAUCGUCACUCAAACAGCACGAUGUGGUCAUCGUUGGCAUCAAUCAAACGACUGCAGGAACCUUGCAGUGCAGCUUUAUUUUAUCGAGAACAACCUAAGUACAACGUACGAAUCCCGCGUUUAUCUGAAAGGCUGUUAUUUGGAAAUGGACCAACUAGAGCCAUUUCUUUCCUAAAUAUUUGUGUCGAUUCCGGUAAUGAAAAAUCAUUUCUUUUCCGAAUGAUGGAUGAUGGAAGUAUAUGGUAUGAACAGAUUAGUAUCCAGAAUGAUCAAAAUCUGUCAGAGAAGAUGUUGUGGAAAGGAGCAUCGACAGUGAAAAGUAUGGUUGAUUCUAGCAUUUUCGAUAUGAGAAGAUCGGACGAUGUGCGUUCUGGUAGACUUCAGCGAGAAUCGAGGAUUUUUGAUGUAGAAUUUGAUCUUGAUGCUUCAGAAAAUCUGUUUUUGGACACUAGUGCUGAGACAUUACAGCCAUUGGAUACAUAUUCUGAAAAUAACUAUCCUGACCCACAAAUAGUAAGAGAUGUUGCUGACGAGCAACUUUUAUCAAAGAUUGUGUUAGAAAGUUGGGAUAGAUUAAAUAUUACCACUGGUUGUCCAAAGGAAGCAUACGGAUUUCGCGGAUCUCUUGGUUUUUCUAAGCCAUUAUGGUAUCAUCAAACAAUGAAUUAUGCUGGUGGUGAUGUAGUCGCUACAAAAUCGGGUCCCUCUAUCACAAAAAAUUGCUUCUUAUAUGAUAGUGCCCACAUUUCACAGACCUAUGUUGCUCUUUGCUCCUUAUUGAUUCUGGGAGACGAUUUAAGUCGAGUAGAUAGGAAAGCUGUGUUAGAAGGAAUAUGUUGUGGUCAGCUUAGUGAUGGCAGUUUUCGAGGACAGCAAGGAACCGAAAAUGAUAUGCGUUUUGUCUAUUGUGCCAUUGCAAUAUGUCAUAUACUCAAUGAUUUCAGUACAAUUGACAUGAAAUCGGUGCUGAAAUUUAUUCAGCGGUGUGUUAAUUUUGAUGGUGGUAUCGGUCAAGCACCUUCUCUUGAAAGUCAUGGAGGGUCAACAUUUUGUGCUAUAGCUGCAUUAGCGAUGGCCGGACAUUUAUGGGAUGAGAGUGUUUUGACGCAUAAACAAAUUGAAAGACUUGUGAAAUGGGCGCUGUGGAAACAAAAUGAGGGUUUUCAUGGUCGUGCCAAUAAACCGGAUGAUACCUGUUAUGCAUUUUGGAUUGGUGGAACACUUAAGAUUUUGGAUGCGUAUAUGUUCGUGGAUAAAGAACGACUUCGAUCCUUUAUUUAUUCGACUCAAGACAGAGAAUUAGGAGGUUUUGGCAAAUUUAUCGAUGUUGUGCCGGAUGCUUUGCACACAUGCUACAGCAUAUCCGCUUUAUCUUUGUUGCGCGAACCCAAUCUACGAAUAAUAUACCCACCGCUAAAUAUUACCAAGCGGGCAGCUGAACAUCUGAUUAAUAUUAAUAUGAAUCUAUAA